GAAUACAUGUAUAUCUUAUCUAUGACAUAACACAAAUAGCGUUUGUCUGAUCGAGUGAUUUGCGUUUGAUUUAGCAACGUCAGUGUAAUACAUACAUCAUGACUGCUGUCACAUAAACAACUUAAUCUGCAAGAUGUCUGCGGAGAGCCUGGGGGGCGUGGUCCGUGGCUCUCGGCUCCUGGGGAACAACUUGCGUCUCGUGUCGGUCGUCCUCUCCCCGAACCGCCUGUACCAUGAGGUCACGGGAGACAUCAUCUGCCCCAAUGUGGUGCAGGGCAUCGACCACUUGCGAGACCCCAGGUUGAAUAAGGGGCUGGCGUUCACCCUGGAGGAGCGACAGCAGCUGGGGAUCCACGGGCUGAUGCCGGCCCGCUUCAAGACCCAGGAGGAGCAGCUCGAGCUGUGCAGGAUCAGCGUGGAGCGCUACCAGGAGGACCUCAACAAGUACCUGUACCUCGUGGAGCUGCAGGAUCGAAAUGAGCGCCUGUUCUUCCGGCUCGUCUCUGAGAACGUGGAGCAGAUGAUGCCCAUUGUGUACACCCCGACGGUGGGUCUGGCCUGCCAGAAGUUCGGUCUCAUCUACAGGCGACCCAGGGGCCUCUUCAUCACCAUCAACGACAGGGGUCAUGUGUUUGAUGUGUUGCGAAACUGGCCCGAACCGGAUGUGCGUGCGAUCGUGGUGACAGACGGUGAGAGGAUUCUGGGGCUGGGUGACCUCGGAGCAUGUGGCAUGGGCAUCCCCGUGGGCAAGCUGGCGCUCUACACUGCACUGGCGGGCAUUAAGCCUCACCAGUGUCUGCCCAUCACAAUCGAUGUGGGCACCAACAACGAAGAACUAUUAAAUGACCCACUUUACAUUGGGCUACGGCACAAACGAGUAACGGGGAAGGAGUAUGAUGACUUCAUCGAUGAGUUCAUGCAAGGUGUCGUAAAGCGCUAUGGUCAGAACACACUUAUACAGUUUGAGGACUUUGGCAACCACAAUGCUUUCCGUUUCCUGGACAAGUAUCGGGACCGGUACUGCACUUUCAAUGACGACAUCCAGGGGACUGCAUCUGUGGCUGUUGCUGGUUUACUCGCAUCCCGUAGGGUUACCAACAAGAAGCUCUCCGACAACAAAAUACUUUUCCUUGGUGCUGGAGAGGCUGCUAUUGGUAUUGCUGAUCUGACGGUGAAAGCAAUGCAGGCUGAAGGAACUCCUGUUGAAGCAGCCAGGUCAAAUAUUUGGAUGGUUGAUAUAGACGGUCUUCUAGUCAAAAAUCGCCCUGAAGGAAACUUAGAGGGUCACAAACUGUACUAUGCCAAAGAUCAUGCUGUGACAAAAUCGUUACAGGAAGUUGUCAGAGAAAUCAAGCCCAGUAUUUUAAUUGGUGCCUCGGCGUGUGGUGGAGCAUUCACCCCUGAGAUUCUGAAAGACUUGGCCUCAUUCAACGAGCGGCCCAUCAUAUUUGCUCUGAGCAAUCCUACCAGCAAAGCCGAAUGUACGGCCGAGCAGGCGUACACAAACACAGACGGCCGUUGCAUCUUCUCAAGUGGUUCACCGUUUGCGCCAGUCAACUACAAGGGGAAGAUGUACUACCCGGGCCAGGGUAACAACGCUUACAUAUUUCCCGGAGUGGCACUGGGCGUUAUUUGCAUGGGCAUCCAUCACAUUCAAGAGGAACUCUUCCUUAUUGCAGCGCAGACCAUUGCUGAUCAUGUGACAAGUGAGGAUAUCAGUAAAGGAAGUUUGUAUCCUCCACUACGUACCAUUAGAGAAUGUUCUUUGAAGAUUGCUACCAACAUUGCUCAGUAUGCAUAUCAAAGAGGCCUGGCAUCAGUAUACCCAGAGCCAGAGGACAAACGUGCCAUGAUCGAAGAGAAGAUGUACAACUUCAACUACGACAGUCCGUUGCCUGCAACGUAUGCUUGGCCGGAACUCCCAACAUUGGAGAAUCCCAAGAUAGUCAAAACUAGCAAAGCUAGAAGCAUAGAAAUUUAAUUUUUUUGUGUCUGCCUGUGUGUUUUACCAAUAUAUACAUUAUACACCAAAAAAUAUGUUAUUCUUUGUAGUGUAAACAACAAAAUAACUACAACUGAAGUUUAUUUAUGAAACAGUAUUAUUACAAAAAAUUCCUUACCAAAUGGAAAAUUGUAUUAUUUUAGAUAAUUCUUUUGAUUUUGACUGCAACGGGAAGCAAAGUGCUGCUGUUACCAGAUGUAUUUCAUAGCAGUAUUGUACAUGCUGUGAUGGGUUUGCUUCCAUUUCUUGAAUAAUAUUUAAACUUCAGAAAUGAAAUUUGAGAAAUGGAUAUUCAUUUUUGUUUAUAUGGCAGAGUAGUAAUUUUACUGUAUGAUUCAUUAAAUCUAUUUUGACACUAGUCAAGAGUAUUCUGACAUUAGAAAGCUUUAGAAAAAAUAACAAUUUCAGUUUGUUUCUUACAAUAUUAAUAGUAUUAAUAUUUUUUUUGUAGGAGUUGCUCCUUUUAUUGUCAUUAGUUUCUACUCUCGAUAUGCUAAUAUGUGUUUAGUUUUGUGAAGUAUUAUUAUAACUUAUAAGGUAGUGUAUAUUGUGUAGAACUUUAAAGGUAAUACUAAAAUUAGUACUUACAGUAUUUUUUUUUUACUAUUUUUGUAGUAUUCAAAUAAACUACAAAUAAUAGGCUUUUAAUGCUUGUGUGGCACAUUUUUGAAUAAUCUUAAAAAAAAAAUUAUAUUAUUUUGAUUGUCAUAUUGUAAUGUAUGUGCUGCAAGUGCGACAAACUAAAAUGAACUUUGUAAAGCACAUCUGCACUUAAAUUUUGUAAUGAAUUUAGUUGUUUGAAUUUAAAUGUUUUGUCAUCCUUAAACCUAUUUGAGGAAGUUUAUGUAUUGACAAUUUUGAUUGUUUGGGUAGUUUUUUAAUUAGUUGUCAUUUGAAUCAUUGCAGUAUUAAUACUUUUAGUCUUCAUAAUUUUUUGUAUUAAUACUAUGUUACUGAACAUGUACCAUUUACAUAACAUUUUUCUUUCAUCAAACAUGUGAUGGUAUUGUUAUUUAAUAGAAUACAAACUUAUUUUUUAUGAAUUGAUCAGAUGAUCACAGCUAAGAUGGUGGCUCUGUAUUGGUUUUGGAAUAGAUAUAACCUUUAAAUUUUUGAGGUGUACUUCGCACACACAAGAAUUUGAAUUAGAAAAAGUCAAUGUAAUAAAAUAUUUAGUUUAGAACAAAAUAGUUCUUUGUUAGACUCAGAAACAAAUUUUACUCGACAUACAUGCAUGGAAUUUCUGUGCAGAUAUUUAAAAAGUGCCAUACAUUGUUAAAAUUAUUUCCUCGUAUUUUAAAGUCUAGAAAAUAUUGACUUUUCAAGAGUUAAAGGAUAGUUUUUUAUUUGCAUAUUUUUGUUUAUUUAUUGCUUAAGAUUAUUUUUUUGUAUUAUUUACAUUAGUUGCAGAAAAGUUGGUGUGGUCUUAAACAAACAUUUUGGAAAGGAUUUGUUCAUUUUUUAAUGUUAUCAUAAAUGUUGAUUUUUUUGCAAUAGUUAAAUUUUAAGAACAAAUGUGCUACUAGUUUAUUUAUCUUAUGUUAAUAGCUGGCAAAUUUAUUCAUAAAUAUUUCCGCAGUUAUUACGAUGUACAAAAUCAGUCUUUUUGGUCAUUUCCAUUUGUGGUUAUUUGUAGACUUGGAAUUUCUGAUUAUAUACAAAAAUUUUCUAUUGAGUUACAAGUAGAACAUGUAGGUAUUUCUUAUCAGCUGAUGUUAAAAUAGAAUUUAAGUAAAAAAUGUGCCAACUUGAGUAUUUGUUCAUUAAUAUAAUACAAAAAGGAAUACUUUUAAAUUGCAGACAUAAGUUGCAUGUGUGUUUUAGGGUCAUAAAUAUUCACAUUUACAAACGUAAAUAUCAAUUUUUUUAAUUCAGAACAAUUUUAAAAGUACAGUAAUACCUCUUAAGAAAAUUCCACUUAAGAAAGUUUUCCACACAAUAAGUUUAAAAAAUGUUGCACUUGAUCUAGUAUUACUUACAAUUUUACCUUAUUAAUAAAUUUAGUAUUUUCUGUUUAUAUGUUUUAAUUUAUAAGUAGAAUUAUAAAAUUCUUAGCAGUUAUUGACUGUAUAUAUUUGCAACUUCUGAAAAAAUGAUUAUAUAAGUCCUGACUUGUUUGCAUGGCAAGAUCACACAGUACAAAGUAAAUAUUUAAUACAAUAAAAUUUUAUUUUAAUAAAAUUAGUAAAACACACUUUUUUGGUUGAAUUAACUUCAAAAAGUAAAAUUUAUCUUUAAAUUUAAAUAAUUUGUUCAACAGUGAUGGAAUGGAGAACAACUUAGUAAUACGUAAUUACUCUGUCAUAAAGAACAGCAAUUAUUAGGUAGAACUAAUAUCAAGCACCCCACUUUUUUUUCCAUUAAAAUUAAUUGUUGUGUUUAUUAUAUCUUUUUUUAAGAUUUAUAAAAAAAAUUGUUAUACAGAGUUACUCUUUCUAUCACUGUUGAAAAAACUACUUAAAUUUAAAAAUUAUUUUUUACUUUGUAGUUUAUAUUGAAUUAAAUUUUUUAUAAAUUAUUUGCAAUGCACGACAAAAUCAAUUUUCAAAGUCACUGAAAUUUCUGGAGCAACUGACCCCCACCCUCCAAGGAGGUCGGAUGGUGCCUGAAGUCAUUGGAAGCACGUCAAAAAUAAACUACUUUAACUGUCCCAACUUUUGAAAAAUCAGGGACAAAUGACCUCUCCCCUGAGGGGAAGGGGGGGGAGGUAGAGGACCCUGAAUGGCUUGGAAACACUCAAAAUCGAAAGAGAAUAUAUUUUUGAAAUUUAUGAUUUUCCUCCCCCCCCCCCCCCCCACCACCACCCCCCCAAAAGGGCAUUCGACUAUGCCUCGGACUCAUGGAUAUACAAAAAGCAUGAUUAUUGAUUAUCGAACAAAGUAAUGGCUGAAAGUUGUUCAAGUAUAGUUAAUGUACUAAUUAAAUAGAAAACUGAACUGAUUUUUUCACAUAUGUUUAGAGAUAUUAAAGUAUUUAGCUCUUUUUACAAUCUCUUAACUAAUAGGUAGAGACAUGCAAAAUUCGCGGAUUCAUUUCGCAAUAGGCUAGCAUCAAAACAACUAUACCUUUGUACCGCUUCUGCGAUUAGCCCACAUUUUAUCCGGGGAACUGUGAGCCAAUGGGAAACACUAAACCAAGAAAGUGCCAAAUUACGGACAGCCUAGUCGAGACGUCUCACGCGUCAGUAGCCAAUGAACAGGCGUCAUUUCCGCGAGUAUUUAAAGGACUGUGGAGUCUAUCCUAGAUGUCAAUGAAUCCGCGAAUUUUGCAGGUCUCUACUAAUAGGUAUUUAAAAAAUGUGAACAAUCUUGAUAUCUGUUUCAAGUAUUAUGUUUUAAAAAAAUAGAUUAUCUUCCCAUACUUGCAGUGUGCUACAUAAAUAAUGAGAAUUUAUACUUUAUAUAAUGUGGUAAAAGCACUUCUUUAUUUGGCACCAAUAAUUUUGGUUUUAUUAUCUUACUCAUUAGUGUUUAAUAUUUCAUCUCUCCCUUCACCCUCUCCUUCCUCAUUUUAUUUGAUCAUGCUAGAUAGGGGUUAAGAAUGUUUUGCAAUAGCAUACUUUUUCUUUCUUGUUAUGAAGUGGUUUUUAAAAUUACUGUCAUUGUGUUUGUCAUUUCUUGAUUGUUUCAUGAAUGAAUGUUAAAAUGAUUGGGAAAAGUAUUUUUAUGGGGUAAGAAUUUCAGGAGUCAAAAUUUGCUAUGCUAAAUGGAAAAUAAUUAGUGAAAAAGUGGUAAUUUUUUUGUAUUCAGUUUACUGUAAGUUUUAAAUGAAUUAGGGUUACAGAACUGUAAUGAUUAGCAAGAAAGCACUUAUGUAUUAUGUUAGUGUACUAUAACAUGCAAGACUAUGUCAGGUGUGUGUAUUUAGAGGAGCUAAGUGGCUCAAAUUGACAAAGCUAUGCUUACAGUGUGACCUAUUUAAAUUUAAGAGAACUUCAGAUGUCAUUAUUUUUCCACAAAUUUAGUUACACAAAAUCUAUUCAAUGUGAUGAUACAUCAAUAGCAAUACAAUACAUGUUAAAACUUUAAUUUGGUAUGGAAAAAAAAUGUUAUUGUUAAAUAUUUCAAUAUUUGUCAAUUUACUGAAAUAUUUGCUUGGCGGUGAAUCAGUAGCAUUUGCUAUCUGAAAACCUCCUUUUAAUUUACAAUUUUACAAAUGCGUAAGGUUUCAAGUGGUAAUUACAGUUAUCACUAUAAAUUGGAUUCAGGCAGUGUGGACAGUUAUUUAUAUUGGCUAUUUGUUAAAAAAAUACUUCUAAAACGUUUUUGUUAAAAAUGACCCUUAAGAUUUGGGCAGUUGUAGAAGUACAUAUAUCAUGUUUUGAUAGUUAUCGUCUGUAUUAGAAUUUAGAUGGGAUUGUAAUUGUGUAAAGUUUUUUUUAUGUCAGUAUUUUCAACUACCAAAUAAUUGUGUAGUGACAUGUUCAUGUUAAUAUGAUGUGUGGUGAUCAAUAAUUCAUACUGUGAAGAUUUUUGCAUAAGUUUUAAUUCAGUUUUACUAGUUUAUAAAGAUGUGCUGGAGUGUUCAACAAAAUAAUUUGAUAGGUUAGUGUUCUUAGCAGUCUGGCAUAAUACUUUACCAGAUAUCUUUUUGACAGUUAAACAUAUAAAUACAACUAAGUUAAGUGUUGUAACGUUACUGUAAAUGCCUAACAAACUAUAUCAUGCAAUUUUAAAAUGCUGGUUCAAACAAAUACUCCUAAAGAAAAAAAACUACCUGGUGGUUGUUUGUCAGCAUGCUAGUAAAGGUGCCUAACUGUAAACUUUGGAAACAGAGCUUGUGGUGUGGGAGGCAGAGAAAAAGUGUAGUGUACAGGAAUAUUUGUGUUAUAAUGCAAAAUGUACUGUUUCCUUUCAUUGUUUAAUAACAAUACAUUUUGUAUUAAAACAAGUAGUGUAACAGUAUUAUAUACACAUAAUCAUUUGGGCACAGUUUGUAGGUUGUCUUUGUUUGUAGUAUAUGACGGUGGUUUAAUUAGUUACUUGGUUUGAAUUAAGGAAAACCAUUUGAGCUUUUUAAAUGUACUUUAUCUUAUGAUAUAGUUCCCUUGAAGUUCAACACACUAGUCCCAAAAUUUUGUUAGCUUUGUAAUUCUGUUGUGGAAAUGAAUUUUUUCAAUGCUUGCAAAAUAGUAAAAUACUAUUUUACUUUCUGUGAUUGUGAACGCAGUUCAAAUCGCAGCUCAAUCAAUUUUUUUUUCUAAGCGAUACUGCUUAAAUGCACCAAUGCGACUGAUAAAACAUGUUGAUAUUUAAACAAUAAAUGCACUGAUUUUCGCUAAAACUUCAGAACAACUACCUAAGUGGUUUAACUUCCUUUGAUGAAGAGAGGUUGUAAAUUGUGGGUAUUAAUUCUUUUAGAGAAAGUAAACAUUUAAAAAAUACAUAUUUCAACAUUUUUGUAACAAGCCACUUAUAAUCCAAAUCCAUUAUUAAUGAAUGGUUUGCAAUUUUUAAUAAUCAAUGGCAUUACUCCUUCAAUUAGCAUGGAUAGUAGGGUUGCACAUUUUUGUUGUUAUUUUUACAUUUUUGUGUAAACAACUGUUUGACAAUGAAUUACUGUCCAAAUGACUAAAGACCUCUGGUUAUUUAUUUAUAGGAUGAAAACUUGUUUAAUGUGUAUUCAGCUAGACUAUAUAUUACUGUGUGAACCAAUUUAUUUAUUAAACCACCCUAGUGUGUUAAAAAAAUCAUUAAUGAACAUGUGGCCAGUUCGGCUUCCUUCUGAGUAUUUGCCUUCCAAGGAUAAGGACUCUUUGUAUAUUUCAGGAAGUUGAAUAUGGUUCUUUUCACGAAGUGGUAUUUUUGCUACAGAAAAUGCUCCAAAUGUGCAUCAUUAGCAUCAACACAACCCGGAAGACAUAAAUGGUGUGAUUGAGUAGUCAUUUUAUUGAUCCCGCGUAUACAUACAUAUAUAUAUAUAUAUAUAUAUAUAUAUAUAUAUAUAUAUUUACUGUCUGGAAUAAGCAGCAUUCAGGAUUAUAAACAGUUGAUAUCAAAAGUGAGCUAGCCAGUUUGAUUGUGUUUAAUAGUUGCCAUUGAAAACUAUCAGACUGGCUGGUUCGUUCUCUGCAAAUGUAUUUUGGCUCAGUCUGCAAGCACUCUGCCCUCUUCCCUGUCUUAAGGAGACAAUUACUCGUGAAGGAUGUUGAGUCUGUCGUGAAUUGGUUAAUAUUUUGUUUUUAAUGAUUAAUAAUAUGAUUGAGUAGCAUUUUCUGUACUACAUUACCUGUAGUACAAUCUGUAAACAGUGCCCAUAAUUUUUUAAGACCUUUAUUUGUAUCUGAUCCAUUCAUAAUUUAAAAAUAUAAAUUUUUUGCUGUAUGAAUACUGCAGCUUUCUAAUUUUAAGAUGGCUCAUUUCUACUAUAAUUUUUACUUAUUACUUUUUUUUUAUAACAUAUGUGGCUAAUUUUAUGAGAGCUAUUAUUCAGAGGUGCUAAUUUUUGUACUUUUAAAUUCAGCGUCAUGUAUUCUAGAGCGUAAAGAUAUUGAAGAUAAAACUAUUUUGUUAGUGUUAUACAUUGACCACAUAUGUGGUCACUAAUGUUCUCCAUCAAACUUGCCAGACCUUUGUGGUAAUAAUUGUGUGAUCUGCAUUUGAGAGCAGUGUUACAUGUUUGACAGCAAUUCAAGGGUUAGAACUGUAUUGUUAUAUCUGUUGACUUUAUAAAAUAAACAUGAUUUAAAAAUA